GGAGACUAUCAUACUCCUUGCCUAAAAUGUCAUUGCUAUUAUAUAGUGUCAGACUGGGAGGCUGUUAUAAGAAUUCAGCUCUGUUCCUUUUUGUGGGGAUUAAACCCAAUAUGUAUUUGUGAAGUUCUAAUGUAUGGAAUAAUUGAAUAUUACAUUUUUGUUUUUAGUUGUUCUGAUAUAGAUGCCUAGAGUCAGUUUACUUCUUGAGUCAGUUAUCAGGUUCUCAAAUAACCAUACAACAAAUAAUUGGGAAAAGCUGGUCCACUUAUACUUGUUUCUGUGCUUCAUGUGUUAUUCCCUUUUUCCAGGCCAUGGCCAUAUACCAUAUUCCAGCGGGGAUUUGAUUUGGUGCUGGGAGAACAACCUUCUGACAAGAUAUUCAGAUUCACCUACACUCUCGGGGAAGGGAUGUGGCUGCCACUGAGCAAAAGCUUUGUGAUCCCACCUGCUGAAUUGGCCAUCAAUCCAUCAGCCAAGUGCAAAACUGAUAUGACAGUGAUGGAGGAUGCUGUAGAGGUCAGGGAGGAACUGAUGACUUCUUCCUCCUUUGAUAACCUGGAGGUUCUCCUAGAUUCUUUUGGCCCAGUACGGGACUGCUCCAAGGAUAAUGGGGGUUGCAGCAAGAAUUUCCGCUGCAUCGCAGAUCGAAAAUUGGACUCCACUGGAUGUAUGUGUCCCCCCGGCCUCAGCCCCAUGAAAGACGGCACAGGCUGCUACGAUCGCCACAUAGGAGUGGACUGUUCAGAUGGGUUCAAUGGUGGUUGCGAGCAACUCUGUCUACAACAUAUGAUGCCAUUACCAGAAGACCCUUCCUUGUACAAUAUACUUAUGUUUUGUGGAUGCAUUGAAGAUUAUAAGCUAGGUAUGGACGGCCGAUCUUGUCAGUUAAUUUCGGAGUCCUGUCCAGGGGGUGCUGACUGCGAAGAAAGCCGAGAGCUGCCCAUGAAUCAAACUCUCUUUGGGGAAAUGUUCUAUGGUUACAACAAUCAAACUCGUGAGUUGGCACCUGGGCAGGUGCUGAAGGGGACAUUCAGGAUGAAUAACUUUGCUCGUGGCUUGGAGCAACAGCUGCCAGAUGGACUAAUGUUGGCCACUGUUCCACUAGAGAAUCAGUGCCAAGAGGAGCUAUCUGAACCUACUCCUGAUCCAGAUUUUCUAACUGGGAUGGUGAAUUUUAGUGAAAUUUCUGGAUAUCCUUUGCUACAACAUUGGAAGGUUCGCUCUGUCAUGUACCAUGUUCGAUUGAACCAAAUGACUACCUCUCAAUCGUUUGGCAAUGCCCUUCAUUCUCUGGAUGGAGCAACGUCUCGGGGAGAUUUUGUGGCUCUGCUGGAUCAUUUUGGCAACCACUAUAUACAGGAAGCUGUCUAUGGAUUUGAGGAAUCCUGCUCUAUCUGGUAUCCCAACAAGCAAGUCCAAAAACAGCUCUGGCUGGAAUAUGAAGAUAUUAGCAAAGGUAACUCCCCGUCAGACGAAUCUGAAGAGCGUGAGCGAGAUCCCAGGGUCCUCACUUUUCCAGAAUACAUUGCCAGUUUGUCAGAAUCCGGGACCAAACGCAUGGCAGCUGGGGUGCGCAUGGAGUGCCAAAGCAGGGGCCGAUGCCCCUCCUCCUGUCCUUUAUGUCAUGUGACCUCUAGCCCAGAUGCCGUGGCUGAACCCAUCCUCUUGGAAGUCACAAAAGCAGCGCCCAUCUAUGAGUUGGUCAUCAACAAUCAGACACAGAAGCUGCUGCAAGAGGCCACCAUGAGUUCCCUGUGGUGCUCAGGCAGUGGAGAUGUCAUUGAGGACUGGUGUCGAUGUGAUUCAAGUGCGUUUGGCGCAGAUGGACUUCCAGCCUGUGCACCACUCCCACACCCUGUGCUGAGACUGUCCACAGUUCAUGAGCCCAGCAGUUCCCUAGUGGUGCUGGAAUGGGAACACUCAGAGCCACCGAUUGGCGUGCAGAUUGUGGAUUACCUCAUCCGCCAGGAGAAGAUCACUGACCGCUUGGACCAUUCGAAGGUGGAAACUGAGACGGUGCUGAGUUUUGUGGAUGACAUAAUCUCUGGAGCCAAAUCACCUUGUGCGAUGCCAGCCCAGGUGCCUGACAAGUUAUCUACAACUAUUUCCUUGAUAAUUCGUUGUCUGGAAUCUGACACUAUGUACAUGUUUACACUUUGGGGUGUAGAUAACACUGGGAGACGCUCCAGGUCAAGUGAUGUGACAGUGAAGACUCCUUGUCCAGUGGUGGAUGAUAUCAAGGCGCAAGGUAACUUUAUGACAAAAAUAGCUGAUAAGAUCUACAACCUCUUUAAUGGCUACACUAGUGGAAAAGAGCAACAAACAGCUUAUAAUACCUUACUGGAUUUGGGCCCCCCAAGUCUUCACCGGGUCCUCUAUCACUACAAUCAGCACUAUGAAAGCUUUGGGGAGUUCACUUGGCGCUGUGAGGAUGAAUUAGGACCUCGAAAAGCUGGUCUUAUCCUUUCCCAGCUUGGGGAUCUAAGUAGCUGGUGCCACAGUCUUUUACAAGAGCCCAAAAUCAGUCUUCAGCGUACAACGCUCAAAUUCCUUGCCUGCCGCUACAGUGAGAUCAAGCCAUAUGGAUUCAGUUGGCCGGAGCUGAGUCGUGACCUAAAGAAAACAUGCCUCCUGGUCCACAAGAAGGACUCCGCUGCCUGUGAGCCUCCGGUUUGCCGUUGCUGUCUCUCCGCCACCUGUAGGGCUCCUGGCUCACUGUUGCUGCUUCUCUGCCACCUGCGGGCCUACGGCUCGCCUAUGCUGUCUCUCCGCCUGUAUGCCUUCAGGCACACCACUGCUGCUUCUCUGCCACCUGCGGGUCUCCCGGGUUGCUUCUCUGCUGCCUGCGGGCCUCCUGGGUUGCCUUUGCUGUCUCUCCACCACCUGUAGACCUCCUGGGUUGCCGCUACCGCCGCCCACCACUUACAGGCCUCUCGGUUCACCUCUGCUGCUUCUCAGCCACCUGUGGGCCUCCUGGGUUGCCGCUGCCGCCGCCCGUCAUCUCUAUGCUGCCCCCAGCAGCCUCACCGGUAGCUUGCAUUGCCUCCGGCCGCCUCCUUUUCACUUUCCCCAGCUGUCUCACCGGUCCUGUGCUUCACUGGGCCUUUCAGUUAGGCCUCCAUUGGUCUAGAGGUUUUCCGGUGUCCUCUUUAUUAUCCUGCAUGGCCGCUCUGUCGGAUGGGGGGGGGCGCUCCGGUUCCAGUUCGCUAUUCUCUCUCUCUCUCUCUCUUUUCCUUCCCUGCAUUGAGCUGCUUAGCUGUGCUCCGGAGCUGGCUCUCAUUCUCUGCUGCCAGCUGCCUCCACACGUAGCCAUUCGUUUGCUGUGCUCCUAUUUGCUGGUGUUUUCCUCUUUGCUCUAAUUUCUUCUUUUCCUUUGUCCUUUCUAUCUUCCUUAUCUAGCUUUCUGGUUCUUUUUCCUCCCUUUUCUUCAGUCUCUCCUAGUACUUUCUUACUUAGUUGGUUGCUUCUCUCUCUUGAUCUAAUGCUGCUUCCUACGCUGCCGCCAUCUUGAAAUCAAAAAUUUUGAAUUCAGAAUAUUCUAAACAAAAAUCUGCAUUUUAUUUAACAAGAAUUUGACAGUAUUUUUAACUAAAACAAAAAUUCAGUCAUGCUUUUUCACAAUUUUGAUCCAUUGUACCCUAGUGAUAGUUUUGUUUUUGUUUUUUGCUUCAAAUUGCUCCAAGUCAAAACUAUUAUGUUCAGUCAUUCUCUGAACAAGGGAUCUCUGGCUGAGGAAAAAGGUCUAAGAAAGGACCAGUGCUAUCUCAAACUAUUUUUCCAAUUGACAGAUGUGAGCUUUACCAGCUUCGAUAUGGUACUAUUCAUUGGAAUAAUAUCCCUUAAUUUGGGUAUAAAAGAAGAAAGCAAAAGCUACCUAAACUCAUUGAUAUCUAAGAGCAUUUCAGGAAUCUUCCUGAUUCUUGAAACUUUUGGACAAGAAGAUUUUGUUCCAACUAUUAAUGUACUUAUAUUUACUGUGUUGUGAAAUAAAAGGGACAUUUAGGAUACUGACCUACAAAUGUAGAAGUUCAUAAGAUUGUUGUUAUUAAGCCAAUUUUAAAAACCCUUCAUUUGGCUAUAUUUUUAUUAUUUUAGGAUGAAAGAAUGAAAUCAAAUCAAAUUUUUCCUAUUAUCCUUUCGAAGAUUUUAUACUGUGUAUUAGCUUAGUUAUCUUUUACUUGUUGUGCAGUUAAUAUGAUCAGUUUCAUGCCUUCCCAAAAUUCAGUAUGAUUCUCACUUUUUUGCUGCUUGAAUUCUAACUCAAAAGUUUUGCUACUCUCUGUAAAGAGUGCAGUUGGCAGAAGUGUUUUGAAACAGCAGUGUUAUUGUUAUUCUUAAAAAGAUUUCAAAGCAAUCAUUAUUACACCUGUAAAAUUCAGAUGAACUGAACAUCUAACUGAAUAUUAAAUGGCACUGUUAGUAAUUUGUGAGAUUGAGGAAUUACAAUGUCUGUUUAUUUUUCUCACCAACUGAUGUCAUCUCCACCCACUCCCAAAAUUGUGGUUAUUUUUGCUUUCAAGCUCUGAAACCUCAUCUGAGCUUGCAUAGAAAAGUCUUUACAUUUUUAUAUAGAUCGGUUAUUAGAAACAAAGGUGCAUUUAGCCGUUUGAAAUAAUUCUCCAGUUCCAAAACAGUUUGAGCUGUUGGGGGGAAUUUUAUAUGGGUCAAAUUCAACCUCCACCCUGAUUUUGCAAUGGUAUCCUAUACUCUAGCAUUACUGAAAUCUACUUUUUCAAAAUCUGAGUUAAAAGUUUGUGCUUAAAUUUGGCUCCCUUAAAAUCAAGAAUUUUAGCAUUACAUGGUCUCUUUCCCCCAGAGUUACUGUUAUUUCACCUCCUCAUGUCUUCCCUAUUGAUUAGUAUCAAAUCAAGGAUAGCUGAUCUUCUUCAGUCCUUUAUCUUUAUAUAUCAGAAAUGUUCUGAAAAGAUCCUGUUUGGCAAAGACGGAAUCUUAACAAUUGUUAGUGUUUAAAUUACUAUACCUUCAUGCCUCUUGAAAUACUUUUUGGAAAGCAUCUACAUUGCCUCUUUAAUUGGAGGCGCCACAAUGCUGCUUUUAUUUGGUCCUAAAGUAACUUUAAUGCUAAUGCUCUCUGCAGCAUUGCCUAGUUAAUUAAUUUUGGUUUUCUGAGCAGGAGUAAACAGUUUUAAGCCAUAGUGUAAUUUUCUCCUUUCUCUUGCUUCUAUAUCUUUUAACUGUUAUAUUCAAGCAUUGGAAUCAUAUCCAUUAUACUUAUUUGCCAUUCUGUACUUAGAUAUUAAGUGUAUCUUAUUCCCAAACUCUGAAGAGCAUUAUGUAGACAAUGAAGACUAUGUACUUAAUGAACCAAUGUAUUUUCUGGUUGGUUUGUUUGCUUUUGAGUGGUUUAAGAAGCUCCAUUUCAGCAACCAUCUCAUUUUCUAUAGUACACAAGUGAAUCUUACUAUCACGCAUUGAGUUUGAUCCUCUAUUUGUCUGUCCUCCUUCAGGAUGGUUAUUUCCACUAUCCAGCUUUAAGCUUAUCAACAGCAAAGGUCACUUGCUGCUUUAUGCUUUAACACUUUCUUCAAAAACUGCUAUAAUUUAGCAUUUGCUGCAAAUAUAUGUCAGGUUUUCAGGCAAGAAAACGAACAUUAUGAUUGCAGAUUCUGCUCCAUUCAUCUUCACCUUUUCUUUUUAGAGCACCAAAGAAGGCUUUUCUUCAUUCUUGUUUAUUUCACAAGUUUUUAUCUUAGCCAAAAUCAACUAUUGAUAUAAGGGGGGAAAUUGUUAAAGAACCUCCCCUUCAACUCCCCUGCCAAAAUUCUGUUAUUUCAAACUCUGUGAAGUUCCUCCUUGAAAGCAAACUGCUUUAUAUUUUACAAGUUCUGCAUGGUCAGCAGAAAGCAAUCAGCCCUUCAUUCUCAGUGGGCUAUCAGCAGCUCCCCAGACAGACACAUUGUAAUAAGAAGCUUUUCGAGAUAUUAUUUUUCACGGCUCAGUGCACAGUCCAUCAGAACAUACAGCUCCUCUGAUCAAGCUUCUCUUUUCCUCUGGGCAAUGUUAUGAGAAUUGUCAUAGUGGUGGCCUGAAAGGACUGCAAUAAACAGUGAUAAUGCCUUUACACAGAAGAGGACACACUUAGGAUCAAAGAACCUCUAAGCUCUAAAACAUUGGGAAGAUGCCAAUGCAUGAAAUGCCGGCACAAAUUACCAUUUGGAGAAUCAGGUACAGAUGUCUCUUUCAGCUUUGGUAAAAACUCUAGAAAGGUGAACCUGACUGCAUAGGACAUAAAUAGGUUUACAAUGUGAUGCUUUCAGAAAUAUAACUAGCAAGAUUAAUUACCUCAAUAUGCUAUGAUCUUUGAAAUAAGUAGGCAUCAAGCAGCCUCCUCUAUUAUAUAUGUACAACCAACACAAGAACCUAAGUACACAUCUAAAUUACAAUUGACAGGUAAGGGUAAGGGAAAAUCUCAAUUUCAGGUCUUUUAGGCCUGAAUUGCUGUUAAGUAUUAAGACUAAACACCCUUAACAAUAUUUCUACAAUCUUAAUGGGCUAUAACUCAUAGCACUGACUUUAUCAGAAUUGUAAUGUUAACAAGGUAGUAUCCUGUAGCUUUUAAUUAGUCCAAGAUAUUGGUAGAUCUCCAGGUUGGAGGGCCUGCUACUGCAAGUCCAUGCUGCAAUUUGCAUUCUACCACUCCCAGCUGCUACAACAAUUUGCAUUCUACCACUCCCAGCUGCUACAACAUAACACAGGGCAGAUUAUCCACAUAAAUUCAUGGUAUAGUACAUUGUAGAGUAAAUGUGCACUUUAGAAAGACAUUCCUAUUACUGCAGAAGGCAAAUUGUAAAAAAAAAACAUGAAUAGAGAAGGAUUCUGGCUAAAUCCUCUGUUUCCCCAGUGAUCCAAACAAAAAUAGCACCUCUUGAUAGCAAGUGUAACAUUGGGCCUGUUUCUGACAACUAUUUAAUACUGCUCCAUUUCCAGCAAAAUUAUUUAUUUGUUAUUAAGUAUUAAAGUGAACAAAA